AUGUCCCUAGGUAAUUGCAAGUUCUAUCAUCCCGACGAAGCCAGGCCUGCCACGAACAACAAUCGUUAUGCCGCUCUGCAGGUGCCAGAAAAUAAUACAAGGAACUCGGGGUUUAACAAUCGAAAUAAUGGAUAUCAGAAUCAGGCUUCACAAGCACCAAGGGGAGCUCUACCGUACCAACUUGACAAGGCCGCCAUAACUAUCGAUCUCUCUUCAGAACGACCGCAAUGGAUAUUGUCUGCGUAUGGACCUGGGAGGCUAGCGCCUGUCCAACUGUUUGGAGGCGAGCAGCGCGAGAAAAGCUUUGAAGAGAUGCGACUCUACCAUUACCAGGCGAGAGCAGCGAAUGCAGAGCAACAAGCUAUUCAGGAAGCCAAUGCUUUGUAUCAGCAAUCAGAACAGCAAAUUCAGACGAUCCUCAAUAAUGUUGACGCAGCCGUUCAAUUCAUUAUAGAUGGCGAAAAGUCACACCCCAACCGACUUGAUAUUGUUAGUGAAAUUAAUACAUCUGGAAAACAAGUCAAUCCACUUAAUGCUGUAGCCCCAGCGCAGAUUUCACCUAAUCCGAAUCCAUUUGGACCACCGGCGCAACCGAAUUCAGGGGCUUUCGGAGCACCUUCUGGUGGUGGUGCAUUUGGACAGCCGUCAGCUUUAGGACAGAAGCCAACUCCUUUUGGAGCCCCAUCGCAACCUGGAGCUUUUGGGGCACCAUCACAGCCAACAGGAGCCUUUGGUGCGCCCUCUGCUCUAGGUCAGAAGCCAAACCCAUUUGGGGCUCCUUCUACAGGCGCUUUUGGAAGCCCUUCUACACUGGGACAAAACCCAAACCCUUUUGGGACUCCAUCACCCAACCCCUUCGGACAACCAAGCCAGCCUGCUGCAGCAUUUGGAGCUCAGCCAGCAGUUUCCUCGGCAUUUGGAGCCCCGUCACAACCACCAGUGGCGGCAAAUCCCUUUGGUGGUGUGCAGAGCCCUCAGCAAAACCCUUUUGGAACUCCGCAGCAGCCUAGUCCUUUACCUCAGCCAUUUGGGGUACCGACUUCCGCGCCAAAUCCCUUUGGACAGCCCUCCCAGCCAGCUCCGACAAACCCCUUUGGUAAUAACGGCAAUACGGCUCAACAGUCUCAAGCACCCGUAAAUCCAUUCACGAAUGGAGCACAGCCCUUUGUACAAAAUCCAAUGCCUUCGAAUCCGUUCUUGAACGGCAAUCAGUCAGGAUUUCCGACUUCAGCACAACCCAAUACGUUUAUGAAUGGUGCUCAAUCGAGCGCGCAGAACCAUAUCAACGGAGGUCCUGCGAAUGGUGGCGCCACCAGCUUAGCAGCUAAUACGAAUUUUGGGGCUUCUGCCCACCCUCCCCUAGAGAGUUACAGCACAAAAGGACCAGAUGGAAGAUUUACGAGUUUCAAGGGUAAGAGAGUGGUGUAUAAGGAAGGUCAGGCAGGAACAUUAAACCCAGAUGGCACCUGGUCCGAUAUUUGGUUUCCAGAAGGUCCGCCACGCUUCACCAGCGACGCUCAAAUGCCAGAUAAUGAAUAUGACGAUACUACGAGGGCAGCAUAUGAGGCUAUGAGCAAGACGGGCAAGUUUGAAGAUGCUGUUAUGCCGCUGUUACCUCCGAAAGUGGAGUGGAUCUCUUGGGACUUUUGA